AUGGUCAAACUCAACAUUCUCACUUCUUCUAUUCUGUUGCUUGCUGGAUACGCAAGUGCUCUUCCUACUUUGGAUUCCCUGUUGUCUGAAGGCGAGCUGGCUCCCCUUUACCAUUCCCCUGAUGCAGAGGCCAUUACCGAUUCGUACAUUGUUGUCUUGAAGGACCAAGUGAACACCAGCCAAGUACAAGAGCAUUGUGAUUGGGUACAUCAAAUGUCCAAGCGUGAUGCGUUAUCGGAUUAUCUCGAUGCAGAAGCAGCUGCUGGUCUCAAACACACCUAUGCAACUCCUGGAUGGCGUGGAUAUGCAGGCAAAUUCUCUCCGGAAACGUUAAAGAAAAUCCGCAGCUCUCCCGACGUUGCUUAUGUGGAGAAGGAUUCUAUCAUGUACGCUUCCGAAUUGCAACGUAAUGCACCAUGGGGUCUUGCACGUAUCUCCCAUCGCGAUCCUUUGUCUCUUUGGACUUUUAGCAAAUACGCACAUGAUCCCAAUGGCGGUGAAGGUGUCAAGGUCUUUGUCAUUGAUACGGGUAUCAACACAGAACAUGUCGACUUUGAAGGACGUGCUAGUUGGGGUGCUACAUUUGCUUCUGAUGGUGACUUUGAUGGUAAUGGACAUGGCUCUCACUGUGCUGGUACAAUUGCUGGUAAACGUUUUGGUGUUGCCAAGCAAGCCAACCCUGUCGCUGUCAAGGUGCUCAGUGCUCAAGGUUCUGGUAGCAACUCCGAGGUCUUGGCUGGUAUCAAUUGGGCCAUUGAACAACAUCAAAUCGAUGCAUCAGAAGCCAACAAGUCCGGCAAGAAGUACAAGGGUGCUGUUGCUAACAUGAGUCUUGGUGGUGGCAAAUCACGUGCUCUGGAUCAAGCUGUCAACAAUGCUGUAGAAAGUGGUAUGGUCUUUGCUGUUGCUGCUGGUAACGACAACCGUGAUGCAUGCAAGUACUCGCCUGCUGCUGCCGAACAGGCCAUCACUGUGGGUGCAAGCAAUUUACGAGAUGAACGUGCCUAUUUCUCCAACUAUGGCAAAUGUGUUGAUGUCUUUGCACCUGGUCAAGACAUCAUGUCGGUAUGGAACAAUGGCCUUUAUGGCACCAACACCAUUUCAGGCACCUCGAUGGCAUCACCCCAUGUUGCUGGUUUGGCCGCUUACUUUUUGAGCUUGGAGGAGGGUGACAACAUCUCGCCAAAGAUCAUCAAGGAUAAGAUCAUUCAAAGUGCGACUGAGAACAAGCUCAAGAACAUGCCACGCGAUACACCCAACUUGUUGAUCUUCAACAACUUUGAGGAGGAAGCUUGA